AUGACGAACUGCGGGGUCUCGCAAGACCUGGGCAAAAGAUCCGUGGACCCCCCAGGGAAUACCACGGAGUUGGACGUGGAUCGAAUCGUCGGAGGAAACACCGUCCCCAGCCAGACGAAGUAUCCCUGGAUGGUAUAUCUGAGAAGCAGUCCCAAUCAGUUCACCUGUGGUGGCUCCCUCAUCAACGAUCGAUAUGUUCUCACCGCAUCCCAUUGCAUCUAUCCGGACGUCAGUAUAACAUACUACGUGACCUUGGGAGACUUGGACUUCUCGACGCCGUACGAAACCCAGGCCAUACGGAUUCCGGCCACGGCCUUAGUCCACUAUCAUUACCGAUUUAAAGGGAACUUGCCGACGGACAACGACAUCGCCCUGCUGCGACUUUUGACUCCGGUGAACUUCGCGGCCUACCCGCACAUCCGCCCGAUCUGUCUCCCAUCGGGGGACCGCCCCGUCAUCGGAGACACGGUGGUCAUCGCCGGCUGGGGCAGAGUGAAAGAGAAAGGACAAACAUCGGCGAAGAUGCUGGAGGCAACGACGCAGGUGGUGAGUUCUUUAUAUUGCCGAAAGAACGCUCCAGCCGUGAAUUACAGCAACUUCUUUUGUGCACGGUCGUCGCGAAGUAACAUCUGCAACGGGGAUUCUGGAGGACCCUUGAUGUACCGGAACGUACGAGGAUAUUACCAGAACGUCGGCAUCAGCUCGUCCAGCAAUUGCCGCAAGUCCGAGGGCUCUGCUUACGCCAAAACAGCAAGUCGGUGCAAAGCGAGACCCGUAAAUGCCCCCCGCGAAAGCCUUUCCCGCUGA